AUGACGAAAGUAACCAUCACCUCGCUCGAAUGCUUCACGGGCGCCAAGGUCCCCGAACUGCAGGCGUGCUGUACGGGCAGCGGCACGAAAUUCACGACACUCUCGCAGGACGUCUUCAAUCGGACACGGCCCGACAUCAGCCCCCAGCUGUGGCCCAACAUCACCGGCCCAACCAUCGCAUCGUGCUAUGAGCCCGCGGGCAGCAACAAUAACCUUACUGCCGUUAAGUCGCUCGCGGACUGCCUCGUCGUCCAGCUGCACAAUGAUACCAGCAAGAAGUGGUUCCAGUGCCAGGCGAAGGGGACGGCGAGCUCCGCCCCGAGGAGGCAGGCGACGUGGGGCGCGGUGGUGGUGGUUGCGCUUGCCUUGUCAACUGUCGUGGUGAUGUAG